AUGAUGCUUGGCCUGUAUCAUGUUCAGCUCGACGGCUGGCCUGAGUUGGACGGAGCAGAUCUUGAGAGAAUAGCAACCAUCGUCAAUCAUGCCGCAGUCAAGCGACUGCGGACGAGUGGCAACUGGUACAAGAUCUUUAAUCUGGUCGACAAGGGACAGUCUGGCCGCCUCAGUUUCGGUGGUCUGAGAGAAGUCGUGAGGGACAUGUGGUAUGGCCUGGCCAUUCCACCCGACCAGAUCACGGAGUUCGACUUGAAGGGCCUGUGGAAGGCCUUGGACGAAGACAAGUCCAGCACUGUUAGUGUCGGCGAAUUCAUGGUCUUCAUGCGCCGCUAUGGAGCCAAGCACAGCAUGCAAAAGUCAUCGCAAAGCAAGAUGACAUGCAGCGUGAUCUCCGAAGAAGAUGAAGAGCAGAAGGAGCAGAUCGCAAAUGCACCGGAAUUGGAUGCGCAUCAGCUCGUCGCCAUGGCUACCAACUUGACGUUGGGCGUCCAUUCUUGGUUAUCCAGAACUGGGGCCGACAAAGGAGCCUUUGCAGGAGCACUGCUCUGGCCCAAAUUCAUCGACGCAAGCGAGAGCUCAAGGAACGGUCGGAUGAGAUUCACGGAGUUCCACAAGAUGGUGGUGCAGGUAAUGCGACCGCCGCCUUCACUGGAGCAGCUGAUGGCAUUCUGGCGGGAGGUGGAUCAAGAGGGCACCGGCGAAGUUACUGCUUCGCACUUUGACAAUGCUGUCUAUCGUCUGCAGGUGGAUACCUGGCCUGAGUUGGAUCAGCAAGGCAUCUUUCGGGUCAUUCACAUCCUGAACACGGCUGCAGACAAGUGGCAUAGAGCAUCUGGCAAUUGGUACAAGGUCUUCCUGGCCUGCGAUGAGGAUGGCUCCGGCAGCAUGACGUUUGAUGAGAUGGUGGGUGUCUGCCGGAAGAACUUUCCUGGCUUGUCUAUCUCGCCCCAGACAAUGCCAGAGCGGGACAUCCGCGGAUUUUGGCGAGCGUUGGAUGCCCAUCGUGCAGGGAGGGUGGAGGUUUACGACUUUAUGAUUUUCAUGAGGAAGUACGGGGCGCAGUUGUCGAUGCACCGAUCCGUUCGCAAUAAGACUGCCACGACAGAGAUUGAGGACUAUGGGAAGCCUCCUGAAAGGAGUGACGAUGAGUUGCGGCAUACGUCCAAAGUCCUGGACGAGUCCCUGACUGCCUAUUGGAACAGACGAGGGGUCCACGUGAGGGCUGUGGACAAGUGGCAACGUUUCCUUGACGAAGCGGACCUCGACCGGGAUGGCCUCGUCACUUUCCAGGAUCUGGAGCAAGCCUUAAUUAUGCGCUUGAAAGCCGAGCGCAAGUUCAUCGACGACAAUGCAAUGCUUGCCUUCUCGAGCAAAGUGCUGGCGCAGUUCAGCACUGACGGUGCUGUCGUGAAUGGGGUCUCGCACGACGAUCUCUACGCACUGUGGUGCCGCAUUGAUGCAGACAAUUCUGGUCGCGUUUCAUACAAGGAGUGGACGAAUGGCAUGUACCGGCUGCGACUCGACACAUGGCCGGUGAUCUCCGACAUGGAGCAGGGAGCAGUAGUUGACAAGAUCGGUGCAGCUGCCUCGAAGUGGAUUGGAAAGGUUUGCUGGUACAAGGUUUUCAAGCUCGUAGAUGUGGACGGAUCUGGCGAGAUAGGUUUCGAUGAGUUCUUUCGAAUUAUCCGCCGUCCACUGCCGUGCCUGGCAAUCACCACCAAGGAAAUUUCCAAUCCUGAGCUCAAGGGCUUGUGGAAGGCAAUGGACCAAGACAUGUCUGGGGCGAUAAGCGUCCAGGAAUUUAUGAUCUUCAUGCGGCGGCUGGAGGUCCGCCGUGGCUUCGCGAGAUGGCGGCCGCAGGUAAUGCAAGGCACACCAGUGGCCAAGGCAGCCGUAGCGGCCGAAGUGGCCGCGCGCGCGAAGGCACCGGGCGAACAUCUUUCGGAAGCGCAGCUCUGCGCUUUGAAGGAUUGCUUCAAAGCUCUGAAACUAGAGGACCUGCGCCGUGCCUUCGAGCAGUGGGGAUGGCCGUGGAGAGGAUUGAUCACGGAGUGGGAGUGGCCCCGACUUGUGAGGGAGCUCCUUCAGGUCCCCGAGGACGAGCUCAGCGACGAUGGCCUGUUCACUGCAUGGUCGAAGAUCGACACGCAGAGUGCGGGCGAAAUCGAUGCCAACGUUCUGAUAGAGGCCCAGCCGGAUGACGUGGCCAAAGAUGACCACGCCGACGAAAGCAGUCAAGUAGCUGAGGGGACAUGA